AUGGUUCUGAGGACUCUAAGGGAAUAUGAUUUGGAUUUGGAGAUUUUUCGCGAAAUGGGAUGUGGCAGUUGUCAGUCAGUGUUUAGCUUACAGCGAGAUUUAACCUAUCAUCAGAAAUGGACUUGUGUUGCUCGCUGUACAGAUUUAAAGAAAACAGUUUCGCGCCCUUCAACUGGUAAUAAAAAGUACAGAAGGGCACAAGAAAUUGAUAGCGUCCCCAGCGUCAGGCAUAGAAAAAACGUAAAGAAUAUAAAAUGCUUAAUAUUACGUGAAAUCGAUCUCCCUAAUGUGAAGCUUCUGCAGUCGUUACAAUCAUUCGCCAUUAUAGCACCAAAACCGACUUUUAAGAAGAUGACUGCAAACGUUGCGACGCAGACUGAAAGUGAUUCAUCAAAUUAUAAUGAAUUAUCAUCAAAAGCAGUAAUGACCUCAUCAACUUUAGCAAAUAUAAAUAUCACAAAUUCCUUAUGUCAUAAUAAAUAUUAUGAGCAGAACAACGCCUGUUGUCAAGCGAAAUUAAUAAAUGGAGUUGAAUCGGCAACACAGAUUCAUCCAGAUGAUUAUUUAUAUGGUGAUUGUGCGAAUAAUGACAACAUGGUGACAUCAGAAUAUGGAAUAAACCAACGAAAUGCCGAAACACAUAUUGAGGUUUUGAAUUUUGAAGAAAUUUUAAAGAAUAUGGAAACACAAACAUCGAUUUAUAUAGGUAACGAUGUAAUUACUCAAACUAAUAAUAAUUUUAUUGAUACAGCUUCGAUGACUGACUUUGAUUGCUUACAAUAUUUCGGUAAACUUUUUGAUAAAUAA